CCCACUCUGCGUGUGUGCUCGACCGAUCCACCGUGAUGUCUGGCUCCGGCGACAACGCCAUACCCACAGCCAACCACGAGGAGCAGAGCCUGGCGGUGCCCGCCCCGCCCCCUACGGCCUCCGUCGCCAAGGGGAAAGGGAAGGUGCUUGCGCAACAGGUGCAUGCGUCGGUGGUUCGCAAGCGCAAGUCCGGGAGAGACCCACAGAAAAGCCCGCCCCCAGCGGCCACCAGAGAGGAGCUGGAAUCUCGGCAGUCCCGGGAAGGCCCCUUGAAGGUUCUUGUGCUCCCGGCGCCAGGGGCCCCACGUACUCGCGCCGUCUCCGGAAACAAGAUGAUGAGACGCGCUCGCGCCCACACCCUGCAUGCAAUUGCUGUCUCCGACGACAAGAUGGUGAGCCGCGCUCGCGCCCCCACCCUUCAUGCAAACCCUGUCUUCGAUGACAAGAUGAUGGAUGGGAAAAAUGAGAUGGCGCUGGUCCAGGGGGUGCCGCCCAUGCGGGGGAGCACCGCGGCUUCAAGCUCAGUUGGUGUGGUUGAGAGUGCAAACGCGGGGAGCUUGAAAGCAGGGAAAAUGGCACCUAGAGUGGUCCAGGUCUCCAUGAUGAACAACCACAACUUUGAUUUGAAUGAGCUGCCGGCUGAACAUGAGAAGCCCGAGGAGCAGGAGUAG